UUUUGUAUCAUUCCCGUGACCGGAUUACACCGAUGCAUUGAAACGAAUAUAGCUAUAUACAUGAGAUAUUGGAUGCGGUCAAAGUACUUGGCAUAUCAAGAAAAUGUCGCUAAAAAGUUAUACCUUCAAAGAAGGGGAGUUUACUGUGACGGAUGAAAUGAAAACAGACUUUGGUCAAGAUGGAUUUGUUCUAGUCAAGAAUAUGUUUUCUAAUGAAGAAAUAAAACAUAUAGAGAAGGCUCUGGUCACAGGAUCAUUUGCAGAUUAUACACUAGGAAUACCGGAUGGCGACGGUAGAGAAGCUCACAUGAUUUUAUGGAACCACCCGGGUGUUGACGUCACAGGGAUGGUUGGUAGGUGCGAAAAGAUUGUCGACACGUGCGAACAGUUAAUUGGAGGUGAAGUUUACCACUACCAUACUAAAUUAAUGAAGAAACCAGCAAAAAUCGGGGGUAAACAUGUCUGGCACCAGGACUAUGGAUAUUGGUAUCAGAAUGGAUGUUUAUUCCCAAACAUGCUGACAGUAUUUAUAGCUGUUGACAAAUGUUCCAAGGAAAAUAGCUGUCUUCAGAUAAUGAAAGGGUCAAAUAGGUGUGGACGGAUUGAGCAUUUAAAGGUUGGAGGACAGGUUGGAGCGGACUUGGAGCGUGUUGAGGCACUUAGCGAAGCUUGUCCACUUCAAUAUGUCGAAAUGGAACCAGGUGAUGCACUAUUUUUUCACUGUAAUCUGUUACACUGUAGCGGGGCGAAUACUAGUGGUUUGAGACGAUGGGCAUUUCUUUGUGCGUACAAUAGAGCCGAUAAUAAUCCAGUGAAGGAACAUCACCAUCCCCAAUAUACACCUUUAAAAAAGGUACCAAAUUCAGCAAUUCUGGAAUGUAAGGACUUUACGACAAUGGAUGGGAAAUGGUUUCUUGAUCCAAAUGUUGAGAAAGACAUUACAGUAGAGUCUCGUGUUCUCUCGCGAGAAGAACAGUUGUGAUGAACUUUGCCUGCACUUCUUUAUUACGCCUGGUAACCGGGAAAAUUUAGCAAUUGUAUAAGGAAACAUUUUUGUUGCCAUUUUAAUUACUCGUUUACUAUUUGCUCAACUGUCACAAAGUGACAGGGUGAGCUUUUGUGAUCGCUUUUCGUCCGGCGUCCGUCCGUAAACUUUUACUUUAAACGACAUCUCCUCAAAAACCGCUAAGCCAAUUGCAACCAAACUUCACAGGAAUGUUCCUUUGGUAGUCACCUUAAAAAAUGUUCAAAGAAUUAAAUUUCAUGCAGAACUCUGGCUGCCAUGGCAACCAAAACACAACUUAAAAUAUCUUCUUUAAGAACAUUGUAGAAAACCCAAAAAGCUAGAGCUUAGAUAUUUGGCAUGGAGCAUCUUUUAGCUUUUAGUGAGUGUCUACCAAGUUUUGUUCAAAUAAAAGCCCUGAGGAUCAAUUUGACUCCGCCCCGGGGGUCAUUGAUUUUCCUAUAUGUAUAUAGUAAAAACGUUUAAAAAACCAAAGAGUUAGAGCUUAGAUAUUAAAGAUGAAACAUCUUCUAAUGUGUGUCUACCAAGCUUGUUCAAAUAAAAGCCCUAGGUUCAAAAUUUGCCCCGCCCCGGGGGUCAUUUAUUUUCCCUAUAUGUAUAUAGUAAAAACAAAUAAAAUCUUCUUUAAAAAACCCAAAGAGCUGGAGCUUUUUUUAUAUAUUUAGCAUGAAACAUCUUCUAAUGGGUGUCUACCAAGAUUGUUCAAAUAAAAGUUCUGGGGUCAAAAGUUGCCCCGCCCCCUGGGGGUCAUUGAUUUUCUUUAUAUGUACAUAGUAAAAACUUAAGAAAUCUUCUUUUAAAAACAACCAAUAAGCUAGAUUUCAGAUAUUAAGCAUGAAAAAAUCUUCUAUGUGUGUCUACCAAGUGUGUUCAAAUAAAAGCCCUGGGAUCAAAAUUGGCCCCGACCAUGGGGGAUAUUGAUUUUUCUUAUAUGUAUAUAGUUAAAACUUAAAAAAACAACUUUUUUUUAAAAAGCCCAAAGAGCUAGAGCAUAAUGUAUGAAAAGUCUUAUAGGUAGUGUCUACAAGUCUAUACAUGUAG